CCCCCAGGGGCAAGGACGAAGCGCGGGUCAGCGGGUCUCUGCUUCUUCCCGCCGCCGGCUGGGGACGAGCGCGCCCCGCCCCGGCCCCGCCCCGGCCCACCCUCCGCAUAGGGCCCUGGUCCCGGGCCGAGGCGGCCGGCGGGCUGGGCCGCGAUGUCGCUCGGAGCGGGGCUCGUCCGCACGACGUGCAGCACCGGCGGCGCGCCAGGACCCGGGGCCGGCGCGGGGCAGCCCUCGGAGGGGCUGCUGGACCCCGUCUACCCGCGCACCCAGGGGGCGCUUCUGAAAGUGGCGCAGAUGGUCAUUCUGCUGAUUGCCUUCAUCUGUGUGCAGAACGCCUCGUGGACGGACUACAGUGCCUACACUUACUUUGAAGUGGUCACCAUGUGCGACUUGAUAAUGAUCCUCAUCUUUUACCUGAUCCACCUCUUCCGCUUCUACCGUGUGCUCACCUGUAUCAGCUGGCCCCUGUCGGAACUCCUGCACUAUUUAAUCGGCACCUUCUUCCUCCUUAUUGCCUCCAUUGUGGCAGCCUCCAAGAGUUACGACCAGAGCGCACUGGUAGCUGGAGCGUUGCAAAAUGAGAAGGAGGGCAGAGUUGGGAAGUCCAAGGAGUCAGCCACCUAUGAGGUCUUCGGCUUCAUAGCGACCUUCCUCUGCUUGGCGAGUGUGUGGCUGUCCUACAAGAUCUCCUGUGUGACCCAGUCAACAGAUGCAGCCAUCUGAUGUGACUACUGCGCUAGCCCCCUCCGGAGGACCUGCAGGACAGGAGGCCCAGCAGCCAGGAGAAUGAGUGGCCCUGAGCAGCUCUGGACCGUGUUCCUGUGCCAAAGUCCUGCUCGGGCUGGUGGGCUCCAGGAAGGCCUGCACCUUCCUCCUGCUUUGGCGACUCCUGCCCCCCGAGCUCCUGAGCUGGGCAGAACCUCUCCCUGUAGGCAUCCUCAGACGACGGUCCUCCUCCCCUGGGAAAGGAAAGCAGCCCGCAGCACGUGGCCUUCAGUCUGCUUUCUAACCACCUCGGGUACUGAUGAGCCCUCCUCACACACUGCAGGCUCCUGAACCCUCCGCAUAAAUCCGCUUCUCUUUCCUAUUCCGCAGGGGUGUGGAGCUGCCCCAGAUUCUCCCAGAACUCUCCUGGGUGGGCUGGACGGUCUGUCCAGGAAAGACCCUCUUUCUUAGGGCGGGCCGUGCCUGCAGGAACACACGGCAAGCCUGCUGGCUCCUCUCUGCCUGUGUUACCAUCGUGUGUAUAUCUGUGUGUUUUUAAAUAAAAUACUGGCCACUGGCAGAA